UCUUUCAAGUUGCCAAGGUUGAGAAAUGCUGGUAAUAAUCAGUUCUCUCCAAUUACAAUGUUUUAUCUAAAAAAGUAUCUUCUAGGGCUCCCCCCCUUUUAAAAUUUAAAACACUACUUCCCCAAAAGCUUUAACCAUCUUAACAUUCUUGAAUAUAAAUUGAAUAAAAACACUUGCAACUAUGCUUUUAAACCAGACUUUCCAAUUUUUUUUAUCACAGCUAAUAAUUUUUAAUGCCAGAAAGGUAUUCUAAACAAGUAAAGAAUAGACGUGUAUAAAACAGCUCAAAUUUGAAAUUCCCUGUUUCAAUCAUUUUGGAACUGUUUUGAGCUCAAGGACGUUUUGCUGUAUUUUAGUGAAUGCCAACUUCAUGUAGCAGCUGUGAAGAUCUGAACACUCUUGGGCAUGAAUAAAAAUUGCCCAGGAAUGUUAACGGUUACAUUGUAGCAGUCGUAAGUCAUGUGUUGAUAUUAACAUGGCAGAGGUACAGUAAAUAAAUGUUAAUGAUAGUUGGAUGUGUUAUUCUCUCAUGCACACUUAACAAUUUUGUUUGCACUGAAAUGAGAAUAGGAAAAGUUUGUACCACUAAAUGUGUAGAAUAGAUGAAGAAAUGCUGUUUCUAAAUCUUGAAAAGGGCUCUUUUCAUUCACCAUUCAUGAUCUAGCAGAGGCAUUUAUUGCUACAAUCUUAAUUGCAUUCUGUCAUUUUUAUUACCAACAGUGUCAUAAAUGGGGAGGCUGGCUGUUUAUAGUAAAGAAAAUUCAGCAUAGGAAUCCUUAGUCCACUAUUAACCCAUGUUCAUGUAUCUUAAUUGUGUUAUAAAAUAUUCAGCAUGAGUUCCUGAUGCUGGAGAAAGUAAUCUCAGAACUCUCUAUUCUGCAUGCCAGAACAUGUUGCUUGUCAAAAAGAGUGGGAUAGACUGGUUGAGUGCUAUCAUUUGGCUUCCAGUGUUUUCUUCCUUUGCUAAAUUUAGCCAGAGACAAUCAAGUAAACUAGGAUUGUUAAUGAUCUGGUUCAAGUGGAGGUGAAAACUUCACAAACUUUCCCAUGUAGCAAAUGUCUGUACCUCAGUGAUACAGCAAGUGCUUUGCAUACAGAAGGUUUUAGGUUCAGUCUUCAUCAGUUUUGGGAAAUAUGCCACAGCACCAUAUGCGCUCCUUGUUUUCUUUGUGUAGGGCACUCUUCUAUCAUAUAGGAACAGCACUACUGUAUUAACUACUAACGGUGAAGAUGACACCUUUACUUUUUGCCCAGUAUCUUGCUGGGAAUCAUUGUAUUCCAUUCUUCCUUGAGCUACUUGAGGCCUUUUAUGUGAAUUAGGUGCUUGGAGCUCAGUUUUCAGCAUGUUCACUCAGAGGUUUGGGGGAUUCCGUUCAGUGGGAUUUACACUCAAGCUUAGUUGUGCAAUGUGGUGCAGUGGUUAAAAAUGUUGGUCUUGAGAGGCAUGGGUUCAAGUCCACCCUUAGCCAUGGAAACUCAUUUCCAUGUCUGAACUCAAUCUUCCCGUAGACGGGAGGGUGGGGAUCAGACUAGUGAUCAGGUGCACCACCCUGAGCUCUUGAAAGAAAAGGGAGGUUAUAAACCUAACCAAUACCAAUCCAUGUGACUUAGCUUAGAGGCUUCCUCCUGCCUUAAGAUAUCAACUAUCCUAAUUUGCAUUUUACAGAUAAAGGACCUGCAAAGACUCUGGAAGGGAAAGCUUCCUCUGGACAUAGCAUUUACCAACUUCCCAAGCCAUUACAAUCUUCUGUUUUAGACUAUAAUAGUUAAAUGCGUUACAUCAGUAUAGACGCAGGGUUAUAUUAUUAACAUGAUUAGAAUAGUUAAUUAUAAAAAGUUGAAGUUUUGUGCAAUCCUACUUUGGCAAAAUGCCAACUACCUUAGGGCAUUUAGGAGUUCACUUUUUAUUCUAUAUAUUUAAAAACACAGUAGGUAUUAGUAAACAUGAUAGACUUCUCGGGCCCCUGAUGGCUGAGGACUAUGGGAUUUGUACUCCAGCAUCCUCGGAAGGGCAUGGCUUGCACAAGGCUGAGCCACCCUGUAGGACGCCCCGCGCGCUUCGACCUAAACCAAGCAGUCGGAACCAACCACAGGGUGAGAUACACCCGCAGCCCCCAAUCUGUGCGGGCGAAGGCGGGGCCAGCCUGGCGGCACCUGCGCACCACAAACUCCACGCGGCAAUAGGAGCAUCUUAAAGGGCGUGCGCCGGCGAGGAAGCCUGGGGUUGAGCCACGUUCCGGAGGGACUUGUGAGGGUCUGGGGAAGAUGAUCCUGUCCAGAUCCAGCAGAAAUGGUCUCUGCACUCUUCAGAGAACAUACUGGUUAAGAGAGAUGACUUGGAGAACCUGCCCUCCCACUUGUUGGGUCAGGAUUCCCUUCUGUGCCCAUAGCACUUGGGACACUGCUGGAAGCAGGAGGCGCAGGCUUAUGGUGGCAGCGGGGGCAGGUCUGGGUGUAUGCACCAUCUUGGCUUAUGGAAAUCACCAUCGGCAGGGAGCCAAGGCUGAGCUUCCAGUACCCACACCUACUCCCUCAUUCCCUCGCUUUACCCGAGAAGAGGUGGCUCGCCAUCAUAAUGAAGCUAAUCGGGUGUGGGUGACUUAUGGAAGUGAAGUUUUUGAUGUCACUGAUUUCUUAGAGCUACAUCCUGGGGGCAGAAGUAAGAUUCUUCUGGCAGCAGGGGGUGCUUUGGAACCAUUUUGGGCUCUCUAUGCCAUGCACAAACAAGAGCAUGUACAAGAGAUCCUUCAGGAAUAUAAAGUGGGAGAGCUGAGCCCAGAAGAGCCUCCUCCGCCAAGCCCUGAUGACCCUUAUGCUAACGAUCCUCCACGACACCCUGCCCUCCGAGUCAAUACCUCCAAGCCCUUCAAUGCAGAACCUCCUCCAGAGUUACUCUCAGAAUAUUUUCUGACUCCCAACCAGCUCUUCUUCAAGCGCAAUCAUCUUCCUGUGCCAGUUGUGGACCCUGAAACGUACCGCCUGUGUAUUCAGAGUCCCUCUGGACAGACACUUUCCCUUUCUCUGCAAGACCUGAAAAAGAAUUUUCAAAAGCAUGAAGUCACAGCCACCCUACAGUGUGCUGGCAAUCGUCGUGCAGAGAUGAACACCAUCCAGAAUACCAACAGGCUUGGGUGGAGUGUUGGGGCUAUUAGCAAUGCCUGUUGGGGUGGUGCCCGGCUUCGGGAUGUUCUGAUACAAGCUGGGUAUCAACCAGGUGAUGAGGGGCAUGUCUCCUUUGAGGGCCUGGACAAGGAUCAUAGUGGCACUGUGUAUGGAGCCUCCAUCCCAUUUAAAAAAGCCAUGAGUCCUGAUGGGGAUGUCUUGUUGGCUUAUGAGAUGAAUGGGGAGGAGCUGCCUCGGGAUCAUGGGUUCCCACUCAGAGUUAUUGUGCCAGGUGUAGUGGGGGCUCGUAAUGUUAAAUGGCUGGCCCGGAUUACAGUGGGACCAGAGGAAAGCAAGAGUCACUGGCAGCAGAAGGAUUACAAGGGAUUCUCUCGUUCUGUAACCUGGGAGACAGUGGACUUCUCCAAGGCACCUGCCAUUCAAGAGAUGUCCAUCCAGUCCGCCAUCACCGAGCCAUCUCCUGAGACCUCUGUCUCCCCUGGGGAGCUCACGGUGAAAGGCUAUGCCUGGAGUGGUGGGGGGCAAAGGGUGAUCCGUGUAGAUGUUUCACUGGAUGGUGGAAAAAGCUGGCAAGAGGCUACACUAACUGGGGAGGAGCAGUUGCCUGGCCGAGCCUGGGCUUGGAAGCUCUGGCAGCUGGACACUUCUGUGCCUGCUGGAACCAAGGAGUUGAACAUUGUCUGCAAGGCUGUGGAUACCAGCUACAAUGUGCAACCUGAGCACGUGGGGCCGAUCUGGAACAUUUUGGGAGUGCUCAACAAUGCUUGGCAUCGGGUACAUGUCUGCGUGGGAGAGAACUGAGAGGCCUGACUGUGCCUAAAAGCAUGGAGGGCUAUGGAUCUUGGCUUCUCUACAUUUAUCUGCUGCUGCUGUGGGGACAUUAGCCCAUGCCCCUUUGAAGAAGCCAAGAAGAAGAGCUGAGUCCUUGAGUGGGAGUCUUGUGACUUCUGGCCUUCAUUCCUCAUUCCCUGUACAACUCCUGAAUGUAGCAGUUUUAGGACUAGGGUGCUUCUCUUUCUAAGGAUGUGGUGGUCUCAGAGGCAAGUGUUGAUGACUCUCCUUCACUUAGCUUUCUCCUUAACUGAGAUCCACUUUCCUCAGGAAUCUUAAAUUGUAGCUUUUAUAGUCUUCAGAAUUUUUUUCAGUUGUCAAAGUUACCUACUUGUUUGCUGUCUGGAGAUCUUUUUUAAUACCCCCUCCAAAGAUAGAGAUUUAUUAAAGGUAUUUGAUCACUUAACACUAAAUACCCCAUCAUUUUAGGAACAUGGCCAACUUUAUUAUCUUGCUUUCUCUUUUCAGUGGGGUGCCCACUUCAAUCUUACCAUAUUUAAUGUCUUUAGCUGUUUUAUGGGAGAACUUGAGUAGCUGAUAUUUCUCCCACUUUAACGCUGAGCAGUAUCAGAAACUGUUAGCAUUCACCUUUAAAGACUUGGGAACCUUGCCCCACAUCAAGUCUGGCACCCCACUGAAAGGAGAAAGCAAGAUAAUAAAGUUGGCCAUGUUCUUGUUGCAUGAAUGCACUUAGACCACCUCUUCUCUUAAGCUAUCAUUCUGGACAGAUUUUGCUGUCCCCUAGAAUCCAUAAUACUGGGGUAAGAAACCUGAUGCUCCCAGCUGCUUUGAUCUACUGCUCUCAAGCAACACAGACUUGCUUAUGUCUGACUUAGUGGUUUCUCUUUUGUAUUUCAAAUGUUUCUGUGUUGUAACCACAGAAUAGGAUUCUUGAACCAUUGGAAGACUGGGAAGAAGAGCAGAUUUCAUCAGUUGUUAUCCUCACGGGAAUUCUUCGUGUCUGGGGAUCUACCCCUGUUCUUUAUCUGUGGAGAAGGGUCUUGACAUGCACUUUGAGAAAUGUUUUAAAUUAAGUCUCCUGAGCCAGCAGGUUUCAGAGAGAGAAAGGCUCAAGAAGAGAAACUGCCAUGUACGGGGAUCCUGUUCUGUGAAAACAGCCAGGCAAGCAGGGAGCCUUCUGGUAGGAAAAGCGAUCUCUUUCUUUGAAUGGCCUGAGCUUCACAGAGGGGCUCAUGUUGCCACAAGAAUUGCAGCUUCUGGUGGUAGCAGGUAUUUAAUUUUUCUUCCAGGCCAUUCUGGGAUCCAUUUUCGUUUUUGUACAGAGAAGUCUCUGUGCCCUUUUGAGCAUGUUGUGCCUUCCUGACACCCUUCUUGAUACCCAUGAUACAUCCUAUUAAUAAUAGUAUAGAUUAGGCCCAAUUGAAAUUCAGAAGUGAAUUAUUUAAGAUCCUAGAUCAGUAAAAAAAAAUAUGUUUGACUGCCACCUAAAAAAUAGUAAGUGCCAGAUUAACUGCCCUUGGAGAACAGCCUACAGGUGGAAUGCCACCAAGAGAAAACUCUUCCCUGCUUGUAACCCAUUAGUUAUUUGGCACUAGCACCUUGAGAAGCUCUAGCCAUGAUUUUUGGGAAUAGCCAGACGGGGGGAUGUCAGAGACUCUUCAGCUGCCCCAAAUCUAAGAUAUUAAGCUCAGUAUCUCAGCACACUGAAUUGUAUCUAGAAAGGGACAGAAAGCCCAUGGAAUUCACAUAAGGUGCUAAACCAUAGUUUAAUCAUGACUUAAUAAACCAUAAUUGGUCCUGUAUGACUCAUGAAACUGUGAACCCUAUUUUAUAACCAUUAGUGGCUGGGUUCACGCAACAUUCUAGUCCAAACACAAGCAAACCUCACAAUAGCUUAGCAUGUCAUUUGAACCUGGACCAAGUUCCUUCUUGCCACCCAAAAUUGAAUUUUUGUUACAUUACUCUUUGCUUCUUGCAGAUCAGGGCCAUCCUGCUUGAGAGCAGUAGAUUAAAACAGCUGGGGAGCGGGAUAGAUUUCCUGCAGGCGGUUAUGCAGAAGCUCUUCUGCAAGAUUGCUUUGUUGCUCAGGACAUCAGUUCAAGCAGGCAGCUGGAUUGAUUCCUUAAGGUUGACUUAGGAGCUUGUUUGCAGUUCACCUGAAUGUUGGCACUGCUAUAUCAAUCCUCAGCAUGAGAGUUGGUGGUAGUGAAAGUGGUCGAUGUAGAGAAAGCAUUUCUGUGGAUGUAUUCAGCGUGGCCCAGGAUUGUCUUCGCAUCUUUGAUAGGCUAAAGCAAAAGAGAGAAUGAAAAAGUAUCAGAUGAAAGUUCUCCUGUAACACUUCCUAAGCUCCGGAAUCCAAUUUUGAAUGAACCCCCCAUCCUACCAUAAAAAAGACAUUUGUGUGCCUUUUUCACCCUUGUUUCUUAAAAAUACCAUUUGCUUCCCCGUGUUGGAAGGAGUAGGAAAUGAAUUUAUUUUAGUAAUGCUCUCACCCUCUUGUUGGGGACUUGUAGAGAUUGUAGGGCUAGGUAGAUCUUCCCCACUGCCACCAUACUAUAGCACUUCAUAAGGGGGAAAGCUAUCAGGAAUUGUUUUACUUUUGCUGAGGUAACUACAUUUUACGGGUAAUUCCAACAAAUUAUUCUGUUUGGUUAGACCCUGGAUCCUGUUAACUCUAGGAACACCAAUGGUGGGGAAUGGACCUUUCAGUUAUUCAGCAACAGAAGCUGACUCCCAGGUUGGCUGAUGUUGGAUCAUGAUGUCUAUCACCCUCAAGCAAAAAUUAAGUGGCCAGAAAUGGUAGAACAUAGAUCAAUUCCUCAAGUGGUGCUGGGUUGAGAAGGCUGGGUUGAUAUGGCAUCAUGAUUCAAGCAAAGCCCAAGCGUUAUUUUUGGAAGCCCAGUACACACUUAUCAAACUUAUCCAAGAGCCAACAUGCAUGGAAUCUCCUGAGUCAAAAUUCUGAUUUUGAAAUGAGGAACUUGGUAUUUGUUUUCAUCAUUAAUUGAGACCAAUCCAAGUUAAGUUUUUCCAUACUCUGGCUGAAGUUAUUGUCUCCUGAAAAACUGGAAGACUGAUGUUAGCUUUUUUCUUAGUUUCCUUUGUUUAUGUUUCCAGCUUCCUUGAUUGUAUUUAUAGCAUCAUAAAUAAGGUGAAUGUUUGUGAGAUUCCAUUGUGAAGACUGGACUCCCAACCAUGAUCCUCCCUCUGGGCUUGAUCUGGACCAGUAUUCUGUGUUUCAGAGAAGGGCCUGGGCCAGCAAUUACUGACUCUAGACAGUUUCACAAAACCUGGACAAUACAUAUACUGAGAUACAAAGAAAUACAUGACAAAUGGAUACAUAACUGAACCUAAUGUUUUCUGCUAUGAUAAUGUGGCUACAGCACAGACUUCCCCUUCCUGAUCUGACCUAGCGAGUAUACUCCUCUCCUAUAAGCAUGCUUGAUCAUAGCCAGGGGGGAAACUACAAGAAGUUGUUUCAGGACCUUAAAGAGUCCAAGAAAGAAGGGAGCUGCCCUUUUAUUUUCUCCUGCCUGGUGCAGAUUUUUUUAAAGAUUUUUUUUUAUUCCCCCUUUAUUGUUUUUAUAAAU